GAACUGAGUUUCACCCGGAAGCCAAAAUCGUGAAUGCUAACCAGUUGUGUAGCAAAGCAAGCUGCACCGGUUUUCUGUCACGGCAGGUAAUUUCAAAAAGGUUCACCUGAUUCCCAAGGAUGUGCGUGACAGCUUCCGCGUAGUUUUCACGCGACCGAGUUGACGGCACUUCACGGGUCUGAUGCAGUGAAAAUGAGAGGAAGGUAGUUGUUAUUGUGACCUCACUCUGUGUUGCCAUGGAGAAGCCCUUGAGGUUGUGGGGCUCAGUAGAGCGCUGUGCUCUCACUUUAGUCUCCUGGUCCUGGGGCGCCUGCCGUGUCUCCCUGCUGGCUUUGAUCCUAACCUUCCACCUGUACGGCGGUUUCAUCCUCCUGGCUCUCAUCCUUGUGUCCGUGGCGGGAAUCCUCUACAAAUUCCAAGACGCGCUGCUCUACUUCCCCGACCAGCCGUCUUCGUCACGCCUCUACGUUCCCGUGCCGACGGGAAUCCCGCACGAAAACGUGUAUAUUCGCACUAAAGACGGUGUAAAGCUCAACCUGAUCCUGCUGCGCUUCACGGGCGGGGACGCGCCUCCCGGAGUCGCGGCCGCCAAUCAGAGCGGGCCCACGUCCUCGGCGCCGCCCACCAUUCUCUAUUUCCACGGCAACGCAGGCAAUAUUGGCCACAGGGUGCCCAAUGCGCUACUGAUGCUGGUCAACCUGAAGGCCAACGUCGUACUCGUGGACUACCGCGGCUACGGGAAGAGUGACGGCGAGCCCAGCGAGGAGGGCCUCUACCUGGACGCAGAGGCAACGCUGGACUACGUGAUGACCCGGCCCGAUUUGGACAAGACCAAAGUGAUACUGUUCGGCCGCUCGCUCGGGGGCGCCGUGGUCAUCCGCUUGGCGUCGACUAAUCCUCACCGCGUGGCGGCCAUUAUGGUGGAAAACACAUUCCUCAGCAUCCCACACAUGGCGACGACGCUCUUCUCCUUUCUGCCCAUGCGCCUGCUGCCCCUGUGGUGCUACAGGAAUAAGUUCCUGUCCUACCGGCAGGUGGCGCUGUGCCGCAUGCCCUCGUUGUUCGUCUCGGGCCUGUCGGACCAGCUCAUACCGCCGGUCAUGAUGAAGCAACUGUAUGAAAUGUCACCGUCACGGACUAAACGCCUGGCCAUCUUCCCCGAGGGCACGCACAACGACACGUGGCAGUGCCAGGGCUACUUUGCCGCCUUGGAGCAAUUUGUUUGUGAGCUCCUCAAGAGCCACGCCCAUGAGGAGAGCGUGCAGACAUCUGCGAGUGUCACCAUCAUCUGAGGGCACUUUUUUACUCUUAUUUAAUUUCCCCCCUCAAUCUGUAAAUCGUUUUGUUCAGGGAGCGGAAACAUACCUUUGUCUUGUGUUCCAGCCAUGAAUGCAUUCAUUUGUGACUAUUCACACAGAGUUUCCCGACCUUUCAUAAGCCAGGGGAUAUAUUCUUGAUUUGAAUAAAAUCUCAAGGGACAGCACCUAAAAAAAAUGUCACCAAACGUCUGGUUCAUGCACUGGUUAAUUAUGCACAUUCUCCCAUUUAGUUGAAGAGCAUUUAAUUAUUCUGUGCUGCCAUAGACAGCAACACAUCAUUAAUACAAAUAAAUACUAUUCGGACCAAUGUGGUGGAAAUGGAAUAAUUUCUAGUGACGCAUAAAAAAAUGCUGCAGCACUCUGGUUGGGGAUCACUAUCUUUUAAUAAAUGAGGUCACGAGUGAAUGAUCAUGCGGGCCGAAACGUAUUUUUGCUGCUGACGUACUCCGUGGUCAAGUGAUUACGGAGCGACGCCGAUUAGAGCGGCGACGACAUGGCAACUCUUUAGGCCACCCCACAAGACGUGACAUCUGACUGUAACAAGAGGGCUGAACGAUUUUGCAUAAUUAUUAUUAUUAUUUUUUUGUAAUCGAAAUCGUGACUCCAGACGAUGCAAUCACAGUAUCGUCAAAGCUUAGUUUUUUGUUUUUGUCUGCGUGUGUGAGAGCGAGAGCUACAACCUGAAUCAUGGGUUUUAUUAAACAAUAAAAUUAUGAGAAUAUAAAUGCUUUUCUUCGUAUUAGUCAUACGUGAUUUUUUUUUAAUUCCCACGGUGUGUAGCAGCAAACUGCAGUUUCUUGCCUCGAAACAUUUUCAGCGGGGCAAUUUCCAAACUUUGUCUUAGCAAAGCUAAAUUGAUUAAAAUGGGGGAAAAAAAGACAAGAGACUCUAAAUUGAGUAUUUAUUGUACUGACCCCUAAAGUGAAAACUCAAGAACAAAAAAAAAACCCCAGUACUGAUAUGAUAAAUAUUUUACACAAUUUUAACAUACUUUUAAGUUUAUAGGCCACUGCUGGCUGACAUAUGCUGCAAUUUAAUAUAAAUCAUUCAAAAAAAUGAUGGAUGAUUCGAUGUAAAUUGCAUCGAUGUAAAUGGUAAUGUACAUGGUGAAGAUUCCCCUGAAGUUUUAUUUUGGGGAAACAAAAAUAUUAUGAAAUGACUUUGCAAUUCAAUCUUUUCCUGAAAUCGUUCAGCCCUAUGUCACAAUAAAACAUGCGCAUUCAUGUAAAUACAACUUCAUUAUUUCGUGGCCGUCCUCCUGAUGAUAUUUUGAGUUGGAUACCAAGGAAAAUAACACGGAGUGUUACGGCCAACAUGGAGGAAUAUAUUGACACACACACAAAAAAAAAACGUCCAAAUUGUUUUCUUGUGAUUUUUUUCCUGAAAAAGUUGUCUGUCAACGCGAGUGUGACUGAUUGUCUUUACGUGCCCUGCGAUGGACUUGAGACCAAGCCACGGUGCUCCAGCACACGCACUAACAUAGUUUUUUGAAGAAAAAAAAAACCCAACCAUAACAAAACUCGAAAUGAUACAACUUUAAACAUUUUGACAAAUACAUUCACAUAUUCCACAGAAUUGUUCUUUCUUUUAAUUGAAACCUUCCAAUUUUGGGGGCGUGUCCUUUUCAGUGUGGCCCUAAUACUCCUCUGUCAAGCUGCAGAAUGAAAAUGUCAUCCCUUUUGAGAUUUGGAUUCAUCUUUAUUUUAUUUUUAGUUUUUUGGGGGGGGUCAGAACUACAGUAUAUCCAUCCACUGGAAUAGCAAUUGGAAUCCAGGCUAUAAUGGACUUAAGUGUGUGUAUUUCAACAGACAAGUGGACGCAUGCGUUAUUCAGAAUCCAUCUUUUGUGUGUGUUCCUACAUUUUGAGGUUCUUGUUACCCUCCCGCAAUGUGCCAAAAUGGCUUUACUCCUUUGGGGGGGGGCUAUUAAUGAGCUAAUUAACCUUUCCCCAUGUCUUCCUUGGAGGGGGGGGGGGGGGGGGUGGAGUUUGAUAAUUUAAAAAAUCACUUUGUCUGCUCUCGCUUGAAAAAGUGCAGAACAAUGAAGCCAUUUGAGUAUGGCACACAAGCGAAGCUCUUCAGCCAUAUUUGGUACUAUAGUUUGUAAAGCCAAAGGUUGGCAAGAAGAGUUGCUAUGAAUGUAAUUAUUUGUGUUUGAUAAGCGCGUGGGCUUCUCUUUGUUUGUUAAUCUUCCCCACCAUGGCAUUGUGAGCUGAGGUUUCUUCGUUUAUCUCUGACAUGUUGACACUACGCUUCAUGCAACACGUUUGCUUUUGUUUUCUUUCAGCGUGAACCCAGUUUGCAUACUUGGCUUUUGCAAAUUGAAAGGAUUGGGGUUCUCUCAAAGUCACCUGUGUGAUUAAAAGCCGCAAAGCCAGUCGGAAUGUGUUUGUUUUUAUCAAUGUUUGCGUAAAUGGCGACUGCACCGUGAAUUCAGGAUACACUGAUGGAAUUGUUCAAGAGUGCACGUGUGUGUGUUGCUUUCAGGAACUGGCAUGUGAUUGUUUCUGUAACAAACUUGCACUGUAUUGACUUUUUUGUAUCAAGACUUGACACAUUUCCUAAGCGGACAUGCGAAUGAAUCGUCUUCAUCCUCAAGUCAAUGAAUGACCACCUUUCCUCCCCCUUUCACCAUUUCUGAAUUUGUAUCCACUCAUCGCUUUUGUAAGCACCUCUUUUCACUUUCUGUAUCUUGUGCUGUAACAUGCAAUAAAAUUGAUACAUGAGUCCUUG